UGUAGCAGGAUCUGUUUUGUCAUAUGAGGAAGUAAACUACAUGAAGAGAGAAAAACACAGUCAUCGUUGUUGACUGACUGUUGAGACAGAGGUGGAUUUGAGAAAAUUAAUUGCUGAGAUGAUUCAUAACUCACUCUGGACCAACAUCUGGAUCUGCCUUCAGAUGAAACCAUGGCCUUCAGAAUGAAUCUCUCUGAAGAACAUGACACACAGAUAAAGACAGUCAAGAGUCUGAUUCAGCGUUUUGAAUCAUUCUUGCCUGAACACAUCGAUGUGUCUGUGAGGAAAAAACAACGGAGGGAUCUUUCAGAUCUCUGCAGAGAGGAAGACUCUUCUGUUGAGCGCAGUCUGUGUGAGAAUGAAUCACCUGAACCCAGCUGUGUGUCCAUGAAGAGUGACCGGUCAAUGCAUCCUCCACUUAAAUUCAGCUCGGGAGACUCAUCUGCUGAUCUGAGUCAAAAGCAUGAAGGAGCAGAAUCACAUACAGCAAAGAAUAACUUAGACUCCAUUUUCAAGGAGAUUGAGCACAAAAUCAUCUCUGUGAUGAAGAGUGAGUUGAAAAGCUUUAAGAGACUACUGAGUCCAGAUUACCCAGAAUGCUCUGAAAGAGACCGUUAUACUGAUGAGGGUCAUAGCAGAGUCAGAGAAGGGCUUCUGAAGAUCACACUGCACAUCCUGAGGAAGAUGAACCAGACAGACCUUGCUAACACACUACAGACCAAACUGAUGCCUGUGUAUCAACAAAAACUCAGAUCCAGACUACAGGACAAAUAUCAGAGAAUCAGUGAAGGAAUGCCCAAUCAUGGAGACUCAACACGUCUGAAUGAGAUCUACACAGAGCUCUACAUCACAGAGGGAGGCAGUGGUGAGGUCAAUAAUGAACAUGAGGUGAGACAGAUUGAGACAGUGUCCAGGAGACCAGAGACACAGGAGACACCAAUCAACUGCAAUGACAUAUUUAAACCCUCACCUGGACAAGACAAACCCAUCAGAACUGUGCUGACUAAAGGAGUCGCUGGAAUUGGAAAAACAGUCUCUGUGCAGAAGUUCAUUCUGGACUGGGCUGAAGGAAAAGACAAUCAGGAUGUUCAUUUCAUAUUUCCACUUCCUUUCAGGGAGCUGAACUUGAUACAGAAAAAUCUCAGCCUCAAGCAACUUCUAAACCACCUUCACACAGAAACCAAAGAGUUUAAGUCAGCAGAUUAUGAGGACUACAAAGUCAUGUUCAUAUUUGAUGGUCUGGAUGAGUGUCGACUACGUCUAGAUUUCCAAAACAAUCGGAGCUUGUCUGAUGUAACAGAAUCAGCUUCAGUGGAUGUGCUGCUGACCAACCUCAUCAAGGGGAAUCUACUUCCUUCUGCUCUCCUCUGGAUCACCUCUCGACCAGCAGCAGCCAAUCAGAUCCCUCCUGAGUGUGUCCACCAGGUCACAGAGGUACGAGGAUUCAACGACCCUCAGAAGGAGGAAUAUUUCAGGAAGAGAAUAAAUGAUCCGAGUCUGGCUGAUAGAAUCGUCACACACAUCCGAUCAUCAAGAAGUCUGUUCAUCAUGUGUCACAUCCCAGUCUUCUGCUGGAUUUCAGCUGCUGUUCUGGAGAGGAUGAUGGGUAAAGCAGAGAGGGCAGAGAUUCCCAAGACUCUCACACAAAUGUUCACACACUUCCUGAUCUUCCAGACCAAACUGAAGACACAGAAGUAUGAUGGGAAAUAUGAAAUCGAUCCUGAUCAGGCUAGAAAGACUAUUCUGUCUCUAGGAAAACUGGCUUUUGAACAGCUGGAAAAAGGGAACCUGAUCUUCUAUGAGGAGGACCUGAAAGAGAGCGGCAUUGAUGUCAGAGAAGUGUCCGUGUACUCAGGAGUUUGUACCCAGAUCUUCAGAGAGGAGUCUGGAUUGCAGCUGGGGAAGGUGUACAGCUUUGUUCAUCUGAGUAUUCAGGAGUUUCUUGCUGCUUUAUUCAAGCUGCUGUCCAUUUCUGAACAAAACACAGGACUGAAGAAUGAGUUCAGGUCACCAAUGACCAGUUUACUGAAGGGAGAAGUGGACAAGGCCUUACAGAGUGAGAACGGACACUGGGACCUUUUCCUCCGGUUCCUUCUAGGUCUCUCACUAGAGUCUAAUCAGACUCUCUUACAAGUCCUCCUGAGAAAGACAGUAAGCAGCUCUGAUAUCAAUCAGGAAACAGUUGAAUACAUCAAACAGAAGAUCAGGAAGAAUCUCUCUCCAGAGAAAUCUAUCAAUCUGUUCCACUGUCUGAAUGAACUGAAUGAUCGCUCACUGGAGCAGGAAGUCCAAACAUACCUGAGCAGAACAGGUGUCAGUCGUCUCUCUGGAGUCAAAUUAUCUCCUGCUCAGUGGUCAGCUCUGGUGUUUGUGCUGUUGAACUCAGAAGAAGAGCUGGACGAGUUUAAACUGAAUAAAUAUGAUCGAUCAGAAGAAUGUCUUCUGAGGCUGCUGCCAGUGUUCAAAGCAUCUAGAAAGAUUGAUCUUUCUGGCUGUGAUAUUACACAGAAAGGCUGUACUGCUCUGAUUUCAGCUCUGAGAUCAAACCCCUCACACCUGACAGAACUGGAUCUGAGCUAUAAUAAACCAGGAGAAUCAGGAGUGAAGCUGCUCUCUGCUCUACUGGAGGAUCCACACUGUAAACUGCAGAAACUACAGCUGUGUGACUGCAGUAUUGGAGAGGAAGGCUGUGCUGCUCUGAGUUCAGCUCUGAGAUCAAACCCCUCACACCUGACAGAACUGGAUCUGAGCUAUAAUAAACCAGGAGAUUCAGGAGUGAAGCUGCUCUCUGCUCUACUGGAGGAGCCACACUGUAAACUGCAGAAACUACAGCUGUGUGACUGCAGUAUUGGAGAGGAAGGCUGUGCUGCUCUGAGUUCAGCUCUGAGAUCAAACCCCUCACACCUGACAGAACUGAAUCUGAACAAUAAUAAUCCAGGAGAUUCAGGAGUGAAGCUGCUCUCUGCUCUACUGGAGGAGCCACACUGUAAACUGCAGAAACUACUGCUGUGUUACUGCAGUAUUGGAGAGGAAGGCUGUGCUGCUCUGCGUUCAGCUCUGAGAUCAAACCCCUCACACCUGACAGAACUGGAUCUGAGUGAUAAUAAACCAGGAGAUUCAGGAGUGAAGCUGCUCUCUGCUCUACUGGAGGAGCCACACUGUAAACUGCAGAAACUACAGCUGAGGAGCUGCAGUAUUGGAGAGGAAGGCUGUGCUGCUCUGAGUUCAGCUCUGAGAUCAAACCCCUCACACCUGACAGAACUGGAUCUGAGCAAUAAUAAACUAGGAGAUUCAGGAGUGAAGCUGCUCUCUGCUCUACUGGAGGAUCCACACUGUAAACUGAAGAAACUAUAUAUUUGACAGUGGAAACUCCACAAGCUCCAAACAAGUGACUCAAAACAACACGUCCUGAACAAGACUGUCACCUGGACAAAUGCAGAUACUGAUCCAGCAGUUU